GCUCCGCCGGAGGCCUGCGCCCACACGCCUCUCCUGUGAGCCCCUGCCCGCCUGGACAGGGCCAGUGCCGCCCGUGGAUGAGCCACAGGACCUCCUCCUCCUUCAGAGCGGAGAGAAGUUUCCACUCCUCUUCCUCCUCUUCCUCGUCUUCCUCCGCGGCCUCCCGCGCCCUCCCGGUCCAGGACCCACCCAUGGAGAAGGCCUUGAGCAUGUUUUCCGAGGAUUUCGGCACCUUCAUGCGGCCCCACUCGGAGGCCCUGUCCUUCCCAGCCCGCCCCGGGGGGCAGGGCAACAUCAAGACCCUCGGAGAUGCCUAUGAGUUUGCAGUGGACGUGAGGGACUUCUCACCAGAAGACAUCAUUGUCACUACCUCCAACAACCACAUCGAGGUGCGGGCAGAGAAGCUGGCAGCGGAUGGCACCGUCAUGAACACCUUCGCUCACAAGUGCCAACUGCCGGAGGACGUGGACCCGACGUCGGUGACCUCGGCCCUGCGGGAGGACGGCAGCCUGACCAUCCGGGCCCGGCGCCACCCGCACACAGAGCACGUGCAGCAGACCUUCCGGACAGAGAUCAAAAUCUGACGGGCUCCCUAGCUCCAUCCCUCCUCCCUGCUCCUUCCCCACUGCCCUGCCAGCUGUGACGCCCUCCUGACCCCUCAACGAAGCCCCCAGGACAUCUCGGCCCAGGCGCUCUGACCCCUGACACCCCCAGACCCCAGGUGGGUCAGCCCCAAGCCAGGGCCCUCCACUCCGCCUCACUUAGGGCUCCCGGAUCCCAGAUAUGGCCUCUCUCACUUAGUCCAGGGCAGAGGGGUUGGGGUGGACAAAGGAAAGGGGUUGGGCCAAGCAGAGCCUCUCGGCUGGCAAUCUGCAGGACAGACAAAUCCUUUGACCUGUGGAGUCUCUGCAGGGCAGGGGCAGGGGCACUGGUGACCAGGGACCCCCCUGGCCAAGGGGAGCAGAAGAGGCAGACGGAAGGUCACGGACAGACACCUAUCUAAGCGAGACUGCUCAGAGAGGCCAGGAGAGAAGCCACCUCUGACCUUACACCCCCCUUCGGCCUCUCUCUAAGCCCCAGACCCACUGGCAGGCUGCCAGUCGCCCUGUGCCCCCAGCCAGCCAGCUGCGCCAGGGCAGGGCCAUGCUGUACCUACACAUAGUUGGGCUUUUCUCGGUACAGCUGGUUCUUGAUAAAAUGGGCAAGACUCCGGCUGUCGGCUACCUGACGUGCCUCCGGGAGAGGUGGGGGUGAGGUUGGGUCCCUCUUCCACCCACAGGCCUGGGCUCCUGGGGCUGCUCCCACUGCAGACAGGAUCGCCCAGCAGCGGUGGGAACAAGCCCAGGACGGGACUUUGGGGCCUCAAGAUUGGAUCGCUGCUUCUCUCUGGGCGGCCACGGCCCCAUCCUUUUCCCUUCCUGAUCUGUAGGUUUGGUGUACCCAUCACACACCUACUGCCGCCCUCCAGACACUAGCAUUACCAUGGGUCAAGGUCAAAUCAGAACAUUCUACAAGCAGACUUACGAUGUCUGCUCUCAUCAGUGGGGACACUGGGUCUUGAGCGUUAAGUGCCAGCUUUGUCACUGAAGGUUGGGGCUGAACCCAGGACGCCAGCUGUCCACACCCCUGCCUCUGUGCACUGAGGAGUGACCUCCCUUCCCUCCGCCCCACAGGCCCUGCUGGGGGGUGAAGCGGCCCAGCCGAGUUCCCCCCCGGCCCUCCAUCCAGGUCAGUCUUCUCUGCAGAGCCCUUGCUGUCCCUAGUGACUAUGGCUCAGUCUCCCACGUACAGAUGCAGGGUGAGGGGUAGGGGCGUCUCACAGUUGGCCGGGGUUCCCAGGACAAGCGGCAGGGCCAGCCUCUGCCCUCCACAUCUCUCCCUCUGGACAUUCUGGAGUCCUGGGAGGAGGGGAACAGGGUGUGGGGAGGGAGAAGGAUGCGGUGUCACCUGUGCACACAAUAAAGUCUCCCAGACUCCUGGAGCUC